UUUUUUGCCGUGAUUGUGUUGUUGAGGUUGGGUUCGAAAGGGUGUUCUGUGGAUGGUUUCUUAUUUGUAAGUUUGACAAAUGGUUUUUAAUUAUUAUUGUAAACAUGCCAGACGACGAGUUUGAUGCUGAACCUUUAUUGUGGGCUGAAGCCAAAUCCGAGAGACCUGCUGAAAUUAUACAGCAAAUUAAUUCAAAGAAUGCUAAGCUUAUUGCUUGUGGUCUUGUUCUAAGUUUUAUUUUAUAUCAUGGAGUAAUCCACUUGCGGUAUGGAACAGACUCAUGUACAUGGCUUCUUUCUGAUGGGAGAUACAAGGGUGACAUGGAAUGGCAGCCGUAUGGUUGUUUGUUGCAUCGUUACAGUCAAACGGAUACUCGUCGAUGCAUGCGUUACUUGGCAUUCUACGGCCGACAGAACCGGUUCGUGUUUGUCGGUGACUCGAGGAUCCACGACCUAUACACCGCGUUCUGGGAUCACUUGACUGGCCACGAAUCCAAAACUCAGCACAAGUACCAGUCGCUGGCCAAAUCAUCCAGAAAUUUCACGUUUGUCGAUUAUCAGCUGAAGCUGACCAUCGAAUUUGUUUAUAGCGAAGAUGUUGGACCGAAAAUGCUGUCCAAGUUUCAGAUGUGGCGCGUACUCAGGAUCGAUGAGCUGGUCGAAAAAAGGAAGCCAAGUGUGGGGUGUUGCAAGAACCUUGUCGUCGAGGAUAAGUUGACGCCUUCCCAUGCUGGCAUCACCAAUCAGCAGAUAUACCUCUAUAAUAGGGCGGCCGUUGAUAGCAUCGACGAGCUGGUCGAAAAAGGAAGCCGAGUGCUGUGGGUGUUGCAAGAACCUGUCGUCGAGGAUAAGUUGACGCCUUCCCAUGCUGGCAUCACCAAUCAGCAGAUAUACCUCUAUAAUAGGGCGGCCGUUGAUAGCAUCGACGAGCUGGUCGAAAAAGGAAGCCGAGUGCUGUGGGUGUUGCAAGAACCUGUCGUCGAGGAUAAGUUGACGCCUUCCCAUGCUGGCAUCACCAAUCAGCAGAUAUACCUCUAUAAUAGGGCGGCCGUUGAUAGCAUCGACGAGCUGGUCGAAAAAGGAAGCCGAGUGCUGUGGGUGUUGCAAGAACCUGUCGUCGAGGAUAAGUUGACGCCCCAUGCUGGCAUCACCAAUCAGCAGAUAUACCUCUAUAAUAGGGCGGCCGUUGAUAGCAUCGACGAGCUGGUCGAAAAAGGAAGCCGAGUGCUGUGGGUGUUGCAAGAACCUGUCGUCGAGGAUAAGUUGACGCCUUCCCAUGCUGGCAUCACCAAUCAGCAGAUAUACCUCUAUAAUAGGGCGGCCGUUGAUGUGCUACGCUACAGUCGCGCGAAGGUGUGGUCGAGCUCGCGACUGCUGGUGUCGGGGCUGGUGGACGAGAUGGUGGAUGGCUACCACCUGGGCGCAUCGCACCUGCGCCACAACACACAGCUGCUGCUCAACGCCUACUGCAACGACCACAUGAACUACAACGAUGGCACCUGUUGCGCCAGCGCCGAGACAUACACCACCCUACAGAUGCUCACCUUUGCCGUAUUUGGCGUCUGUACAAUACUGGGAAUUGUGAUUGCUCUAAGAAGGUAUCAGUUUCAAAGAAUGAGAGAUCCGCCAUCUCCUGCAUAUAAACUAAUCACCUCUCUCGCAAAACUUGGUGUCAUUCUGGCCUAUUUCUACUUGUGUGAUAGAACAAAUUUCUUCAUGAAAGAAAACAAAUACUAUUCGCCAGUUAGCUUCUGGCUGCCUAUUGGAUAUGUUUUCGCACUGGGCCUAUUUUUCACUGAAGACAGUCGCUACACUAAAAUCUUGCAUAGGGAACAAACUGAUGAGUGGAAGGGAUGGAUGCAAUUGGUAAUUCUGAUCUAUCACAUGACUGGUGCUAGUAGUAAUCUACAGAUAUACAACCACGUGCAAAUACUGGUGUCAGCCUACUUAUUUCUAACCGGCUAUGGCCAUUUCUAUUACUUAUGGCAUCGAGCCGAUGGUGGAGUGGUCAGAUUUUUUCAGGUAAUGUUCAGACUGAACAUGCUGGCGGUUUGUCUGUGCCUGUGCAUGAACCGGCCCUACCAGUUCUACACGUUCACACCUUUGGCCUCGUUCUGGGUGAUGAUGAUCUACCUGGUGCUGUGUGGCCCGCCGCGCGUCUCGGCCACCUCCACCGACGCCAACCCCCUCCACUAUCUCUAUCUCAUUCUCAAAAUGGUUGUGCUCUUCAGUCUCGUCGUCAUGCUCUACAUGUCAGAGGUGUUCUUUGAGAAAGUAUUUGUAACUAGACCUUGGAAAGCGUUAUUCGUUACAACCGACGAUGACAUUCAUGACUGGUGGUAUCGAUGGAAGCUGGACCGAUACAGCAUGUCGUACGGCGUGGUGUUUGGGAUGGGCGUAGUGGUGGCCCAGCGUCUCAACCUGGUGGAUGACAACAACCACAGCAACGUGCUUCCCCCCCGCCCCGCGCUGGCCGCCGUCUUCCUCGCCCUGGUUGGCAUCGGCUGCUCCGUCGCAUUCGCCCUGCUCUGCAACAACAAACUCCAGUGCAAUGAGGUCCACUCCUACACUGUCUUCGUGCCGAUAGUGAGCUACGUGGUGUUGCGCAACAUAUCAGGGAUGCUUCGGACGAGGUACUCGAGCCUGUUCGCCUGGUUCGGCCGCAUCUCUCUGGAGCUGUUCCUCUGCCAGCACCACAUCUGGCUAGCGGCCGACACACACGGCGUGCUCGUGCUGCUGCCUGGCUACCCCGUCCUCAACUCACUCAUCACCGCUUUCAUCUUUGUCUGCGCAUCGCACGAGAUCCACCAAUUGACAAGGACACUGAUGCCAUUUGCAGUUCCGUCUGAUUGGAAGCUAGUGCUCAGAAACGUGAUGGUGUUCUUCCUGAUCUUGGUUCCUAUUGGAAUACACGACGGCAUGUUCUAAACUUGUCGCUCAAUGAUCUCAAAUUUGUAAAUAGCAAUCCAACUUAUCACAUGAUAAUCCAACUUCCACAUUUGUAAAUUCGCAAUUCAUCAUUUCACCUACUUGUAAGAUUACGCGUAAUUGUGUAUAUGUUAUUAAUUUCAUUAUGUAUAUUUUUUGUUGAACAAAUUACAUUUUUAUAUAUCACUUGAAAUAUUUUCUACUGUGAUUGUUCGAAUUCAUGUCGAUUAAAAGCACGCUUUUAAAAUUAUAAAA